GAGUGCGGCUUUGAAGAAACAAGCAGCAGCGGCAGCGGCAGGAGCGCAGUAGAGGCUCACUACACCUCCACAUCACGCCCUGUCAGGUCGUGUCAGCGAGCGGGGACGGCCGAGGAAACCCACGGGCACCAACAAUACAAUGCAGUGUAGACUUGGCUGGUGAGCGGUCUGCAGGCUCUCCUCUUUCCUGUCCCUGGAGUCAGGCGGUUGGGGAAGAUUUCUGCAUUCCCCUUCCUCUCGGUCUGAGUCUCUGUUUGGAAACGACCAACCGCCCGUCAUUGGAGUACACGCGUCGUCUUCGUCUGUGUUGUGUGGAUCAGCACAGCUCAUCUCCUGAUUGAGGGGAGCGCAGCAGCUGCACAAGAUCACCUUUUACCACCUGAUCCCUCCCGGCCCUGCCCACACUGCCCCGUCACCAUGGUGCUCUCACAACGGCAACGAGAUGAACUGAAUCGAGCGAUAGCUGAUUAUCUACGUUCCAAUGGGUAUGAAGAAGCAUAUUCCACUUUCAAGAAGGAGGCAGAAUUAGAUAAUAAUGAAGAAUUGGAUAAGAAGUAUGCCGGCCUGUUGGAAAAGAAGUGGACCUCAGUCAUCAGAUUACAAAAGAAGGUUAUGGAACUGGAGUCCAAACUGAAUGAAGCUAAAGAAGAGAUCACCCUGGGUGGGCCUGUAAGUCAGAAACGUGACCCCAAAGAGUGGAUCCCACGUCCACCAGAGAGGUACUCGCUGAGCGGCCACCGCAGUCCCGUCAACCGCGUCGUUUUCCAUCCUGUCUUCAGCGUAAUGGUGUCUGCCUCGGAGGACGCGACAAUAAAGGUGUGGGACUACGAGACAGGAGACUUCGAACGCACACUGAAGGGCCACACAGACUCUGUGCAGGACAUCUCAUUUGACCAGACUGGGAAGCUGCUGGCGUCCUGCUCUGCUGACAUGACUAUCAAGCUGUGGGAUUUCCAGGGCUUCGAAUGCAUCAGGACAAUGCACGGACAUGACCACAAUGUUUCGUCUGUUGCCAUUAUGCCCAAUGGAGAUCACAUCGUUUCUGGAUCGAGGGACAAAACCAUAAAAAUGUGGGAAGUUGCGACCGGGUACUGUGUGAAGACCUUCACGGGCCACAGGGAGUGGGUCCGCAUGGUGCGGCCCAACCAGGACGGCACGCUGAUCGCGAGCUGCUCCAACGACCAGACGGUCCGCGUUUGGGUCGUGGCGAACAAGGAAUGCAAGGCUGAGCUGAGGGAGCACGAACACGUGGUGGAGUGCAUCGCCUGGGCGCCGGAGAGCUCCUACCCCACCAUCCUGGACGCCACAGGCUCCGAGACCAAGAAGAGCGGCAAACCCGGCCCUUUCCUGCUGUCCGGAUCGAGAGACAAGACCAUCAAGAUGUGGGACGUCAGCAUUGGCAUGUGCCUUAUGACACUGGUCGGCCAUGACAACUGGGUACGUGGGCUCCUCUUCCACCCCGGAGGGAAGUUCAUUGUGAGCUGUGCGGAUGACAAGACCUUAAGGAUCUGGGACUACAAGAACAAGCGUUGCAUGAAAACCCUGAGUGCCCACGAACACUUUGUUACCUCUCUGGAUUUCCAUAAGGCUGCUCCCUACGUCGCCACCGGCAGCGUAGAUCAAACGUUAAAAGUGUGGGAGUGUCGCUGAUUUGGACCUGGGAGGAUCGGACCACCCACACCCCCUCAUUUUACCCAGGCGCUUCUCUGGAUCCCACAUCUCUUCACUCCUGCCAUCCCCCCGACCCCUCUCCCACCGCCCUGACCCCCCCCCCCCCCCAACCUCAGCUGCUCAUCCUGGUCUUCUCCGGCUGCAGUCACCACCGUGUUUAUUUAACCAUCGCGCUCUCUGGUCCAAUAACUUUUGUCCUUCUGUGUAAAUUAUUCCUGGAUGUAGAUCGAGCUAUUAAAUGUUACACAAAAAAAAAGUAUUCUUGCAUGGUAAUCCAAAAUUGUAUACUGUAAAUUUACAUAACGUUGUCUAGAAGUACCAUAGGUUUAACUCGGGGCUGAGCGUCUGUCACGCAGCCUUACCCACCACCUGAAGGCAGAUGUUUCCCACUGGGUGUGAACCGUAGGGCACUAAAAACCCAUAAUUUAAGAAAUGACAGUGUCUUUAUGUGUAAGAUUUAUUUUUGUCUAUUUUUUUAUUUAGGUUUUUUUCUCUCUCUCUCUCUCUCUCUCUCUCUCUUUCUUUGUUUAUUUCUCUCUUUCACUGUCGUAGUCUGUUGGUGCCUAGCUUGGUGAAACGUUCAAGAGACGAGGCAGGAAAAUGAGAUUGUGGGGCUUUGUUAUUGAAAUAAUCUGUAGCUUUAUAACAUCACUUCUCGAGUGUGCAUACCAUUUUUUUUCAUGUGGAACUAGGUAAUAUUUUAAUGGCUGUAUAUACAAAUGUUUCAAACUGUUGUCGUUUGGACCUCGGGGGCUUGAAACUGCUUUGUACUCUUGUCAUGGUGGCACAGCGACCACCAGCUAUGGCUUUAGGUAAAUUAUUUCAUUUUCUCAAUGGAUUUGUGACGAAGCCCGGUGUAACGAGCGGGUUGGCGUCGCCGUCAGAGCGUCCCGGGUCACGGUGCGGGGGUCGGCGUGAAAAAGCUCCGCCGUCCCACCUCUGAGGGGGAAAAACAAAAACAUGGCGAGGAGUCAAAGCGAGCCCCCCGGGUUUAAUACCUGGGAUGUGCAAAGAUCUCUCACUUCUGAGUCUUAUGACUCGGCAUAGAUGAAAAUUUUUUUUUUUUUUUUUUUGAGCGAAAGCAAAAAUGACAAAGUAAAUUAAGAUGUAAAUUUAGCAGGAUAAGAGAUUUGGCAGUUCCGUGUGACUGUAAAUGAUGGCGCCGAUGGGCGAGUGGGGGGGGGGGAGCCCAGCAGGAGACGCUCGCCGAGUCGCCGUCGGUCUGGUUCCUCCGCAGAGCGCCGCCUUGCUGCGUUUCUCUCUGCCGUCUCAGAUGGGAGAUGUAGGUCAGGAUCUCUCCGGGUAAACCCCCGCAGAGCCCCUCCCUCGCUCCGUCUUCUGAGAGGAGACUCCUCAAAACGAGCAGCUUCUCGUCUUGGCGGAGCCACAGCUGUAAAGUAGGAAGAAUAUUGUUUUUUUUUUAAACGGCUGGAAAGCGUAAACCAGUCCGAGCUGUGGGAACGACCGUUCCGCUGCCCCUUAUAGGACAAUAAAUAAUGAAACGUCUUGCUUCUGGCUGUAGUCGGCAGGAUGAUUCAUUAAUCUUGCACAUCCCUGUUUUCACUAAAGCUUUGGUCGCGUGACGGCGAUCACAGGCGACAUUAAUGAUGUUGAUAAAUGCAUAAACCUCUAAUUUCUGAUUAGCCUUUUCAUUCCAAUGCAGUUCUUGGCUAAUAAAGAAUUCCACUGCUUGACUUCUUAUCUGCAGCUUCUUUGCCAACUCUUCCCGUUGUGUGCUGGACGUGGUGAUCCGCUGCUCGAGCUCUUGUCCGUGGCCACUGUGAGCCUAACGUGACCUGUUGAUGUAGCGCUGCUGCAUGUAGACCUGCAGCCGGAGGCAGAGCUGUCCCGACACGCACCGAGAGCUCACUUCCUCCGGCACUUUACCGUCUGUUCAUAUGUACAGUGUUUAAUUAAUGCUUCCUACAAGCUAGCGGGGAACGGUUGGUCUGGCUCUUCGAAAAUAACAGUUAAAAAGGUGAAAUGCCUGUUAAAUUCAUCAGUAAUGCAGGGGAAAUUAAAUUUGAUCGUUUACUGUCCUAGGGAUCUGCAACCCGUGACUCAAAAUGAGUUUUAUCUCUUGGAUAAAGUCUUAAACAACAGGCACAAUAACUAAAAUGGGGGGGAAAAAAAUGCUAAAAUUACAAAUUUUUUAGCUUAAAAAUACAGAAAAGCAAACUGCUGAGAAAAGAGAAUUGAUAGAAUGCCCUUCUUCCUGACUCUUUAACUCCCCCCUCAUUCCCGCUCAGUGUUGUUUGGUAAUUUCAUCCUCGUACUUAUAAAGCCUUAAAUUCUUACUCUUAGCCUUGUACAUAUUAAUACCAAGAUUAUUUUAUUUUCUACCCUGUUUUGUUUUAUAUUCAGCGUUCCAUUUUUUUCUGCGUGGAGCAAUGCUCAAAUAAGUUUCCCUCCAGGGUUGAAGUAUUUCUACACUGAAAGGUCAAAACUCUUAAAACUUUCAACAAAAAAAAAAAAAGGGAUGGAACUGUGAAAAUCAGGUACAAAAACACCUGAAAAUGUAAUGCAAUGUUCACCGUCCUGAACUGUAAUCGAAAUUUCAUAAAUGCAGUGUAACAUAGUCUUUGUACGUGUUUCAGAAGGAGUGUGUAUGAAAAUUUAGACUGUUUUUUGCUUUAUUUUAAAGGUUAAAAAGUCACCCCUGCAGACCCCUGCACUUGGCUAUUGGAUCUGUAGUUUAGGGGUUUUACAGUCAAUUUAAUGAACUGGGUGUUUUGGAUAAACUUGACCAGGGAUGGAAAAUUACCUUUAAUGCUGAAUCGUGAAAGAGCUACAUAAGAUCUGUAAAGUCACAACACUGGUUAAAAUACUGGAAAUGCAGGUAGUGAAUGAAGUUUGAAAAAUGACAGGUCAGCCGUUUCCACAAGGGAAUCAACAGAGAUUUGGGCAAACAUUCUCCAGACGAACAGCAGCUUGAGGCCCCCGCCCCCAAACCCUCCUCGCUGCGUUGGUUCAGACAGCUCUGUCCUCUGGCUGCAGAAAGGCUGGUUUUGUGGUGUGUGAUGCUAUUUGAAGGAGGUUUUCCAGCCUCCUCCUGUAAACGCUCUGGGAUUGUGGCAGACUGACAUCCCAAAGGAAAAGCCCUCUCUAUCAGGGAAUAUCACUGGUGUGCCCCCUCUUUAUGAAGUUUUUUUUUUUUUUAAUUCUGUAAACUGAUUCCUUCACAGGGAAAGUGGACUUAUGUUGUAUUUGAAUUUGGCGAGGCUAAAGAAGAUGCCAGUGUGUUCAAUGUUUGAGCUGAAGCCAAAAAAAUUGGAGA